GGGACUUGCAGCCGAGGGUCGCGAGCCGUCCGAGCACUGCGGCCAGAACAUACCCAGCCCCGCCUCCAAAUUUGGGUCUUGGGGGGGGGGGGGGUGUAGAUCCCGUGUCUGUGGGAAGCUGGGAAUCCUAGGGUCCCGGAUGAGGGAUGCCAAGCGCCGAUUUGAGUCUCUGACAAGGUGGCCUCGGUCACAGGGACAAGCACCUGAUAUCCCGCGCCGCUUCUCCAUGUUCGGGGUUCAUCUCCCAAACCUCUGGAUUCCGGGAAGCCUUCUUGGGCCUCCGCCCCUCCCCAUCUCCGCCCAGAUUGACACUAAACCUCAUUUUAUUUUUCCUGGCAGGUUGAUUUCUAGGCAACAUGUCCUCCGCUUCUGUCCAAGAGUGCCUGCAGCUCCAGCUGCUGGAGAUGGAAAUGCUGUUGUCUAUGUUUCCCAACCAAGGAGAAGUGAAACUGGAAGAUGUAAAUGCGCUGACGACUAUAAAAAGAUACCUGGAAGGCACAAGGGAGGCGCUGCCACCAAAAAUUGAAUUUGUGAUUACACUCCAGAUUGAGGAGCCCAAGGUGAAAAUUGAUUUGCAAGUAACCAUGCCUCACAGCUAUCCCUAUGUAGCAUUGCAGCUGUUUGGACGGUCAUCUGAGCUUGACAGACAACAGCAGCUACUUCUCAACAGAGGUCUCACUUCUUACAUAGGGACUUUUGAUCCAGGUGAGCUCUGUGUGUGUGCAGCAAUCCAGUGGUUACAGGACAACAGUGCCUCCUAUUUCCUGAACAGAAAGCUUGUUUAUGAACCAUCUAUACAAGCAAAGCCGGUCAAGAACAUAUUUCUCCGAAUGUGGAUCUACAGCCAUCACAUAUAUCAGCAGGACCUAAGGAAGAAGAUUUUGGAUGCUGGGAAAAGGUUAGAUGUGACUGGAUUUUGUAUGACAGGAAAGCCUGGUAUAAUCUGUGUGGAAGGCUUCAAAGAACACUGUGAGGAGUUCUGGCACACGAUCAGGUAUCCCAAUUGGAAACACAUUUCCUGUAAGCAUGCUGAAAGUAUCGAAACCGAAGGAAAUGGGGAGGAUCUGCGACUCUUCCAUUCUUUUGAAGAAUUACUCCUUGAGGCCCAUGGUGACUACGGAUUAAGGAAUGACUAUCACAUGAAUCUGGGCCAGUUCUUAGAAUUUCUAAGAAAACACAAAAGUGAGCAUGUUUUCCAGAUAUUAUUCGGCAUUGAAAGCAAAAAUUCAGAUUCCUAGGAAGCUAUUAAUAUUAAAAGGCCUAUGCUUGUAAUCUCACCAAGUCAGUAUCUCUGUUAAUAAAACCAAAAUAAACAGGCUGGUGGCUGUUUAGUGUCCCUGUGAAUAACCGGGCUGCAGAAUUUUUACACAGGCCUUUUACCUUGACAGCAGUGCACUUGUGAUGUUAUGUCCAUGUUCUUGUAUUAACUGGAAGCUAUUUAAUUGUAACUUAAUAAAAGCAGUCAAUUUAACUGGGGAAGCUGAUUUGAUUAAAGAGGAGUCCAAAGCCCAUAGUUAAUGUCAAUAGUCCAACUGCAGCUUUGAAUUCACAAAUAAGAAUAACAUCUCUCCCUUUCGUGAUGCUAGUAUCCAGAUGGCACACCACUCUUUCAUUAUUAGGGAUGAAUUCUAAAUCAGGUUUAAGAUGAGAACAAAGACAGAGCAUGUUUACUACAUUUCUUACUUUAUUUUAAACCCCCGAUUUUGAGGUUUUUCUUUCAGUAAAACUGGAGCCCAUCUGUAAUGGCAGAAGAGUCAGAAGUCUCAAGAGUCAUGAAGAGGACAUGUGCUGUUUGGCUGUUUGCAUCAGUGGAUUAAUGAUACUAAAGAGAACGAUACAAUAUUCUUAGUUCAGUCCUUAGCCACAAAAAAAGAUAUGAUUUCUUGUCUACAAAGUGUUCCACAGGUGAUGCCCACUGGCCAUCUGUGCCCAUGUGUCAGGGCCAGAGUGUUGAGAGGACCAGUGUGGAUGCCUGCAGACCAUUACCUUUCUGGGGAAAAAUUGAGCUCUACAUUUUGGUGGUAAGUCAUUGUCAUCUCUCCUGAAAAUUCCAAGCUUCACCAGCCUUUUUCAAAAUGAGAGUUUAUUUCAAUAACUCCUAUUAAAUUGGCACUUGCCAAACUUUUUCAUUACAAAGUAUCUGUCCCUCCCAAGAAUUUCUGGGAGUCUCUGUGUUAAAGGGUACCCUGAACUGCCUCUGCUUUCCAUGGUCUCUGCCUUUCUCAGGGAGCAUUUCAUUCUCCUGCUGAGUCCCAGGCACCUCACUAAGGCCACAGUCCCCUCAGGAUGCCAAAGCUGGAUGCUGAGAUUUAGAAACCUGGGGGGGAAUGCCUCACUCCCCGUAUUACCAUACGUUGUUAGAUGCCAAUCGCUGCUGCAUGUGCUGAGGGGCUUACAGGCAUUUUGAUAACAGUUCAUUCUGGUUGUACACUCCAUGUCUAAGAUGUAGACACAUGUCCUUGGGCCAGGGUGAGGACAAACGGAAUAGACUGACCAGGCACUAAGCUGAGUCUCCUGACCGUGAAGCCUUAGAACUGGGUCCACUCUGUUCUACCAAAGCUCUCAGCUCAGAAUGAGUUUCAGGGCACACCUCGGAGGCCCUGCCCUGGGCCUGCCUUGCGAGAUCGUCAGCUCACCCGUCCUAGCCUGCGAUGUAGCUGGGAUUCAGACUGGAGCCUCAUGCUUUUCUUAUAAACGAAGGGAAGAAAUAAGGCUUACAUGGACUGAAAACAACUUCAUGUAGCAGUUCCCAUACAAUCUCCCCCAAACCAUCAAUAAGUAUAAUUAGCAUUCACACGUUUUUAGACUCCAAAGAAAUAUAACUCCAUUAAUUUUCUUCCUUUGAAAUGAGACAAUAUGUACCAAGUACCUAAUAUAUGCCCAAACCACUCAGCAAUUUUUCUGAUUAAAUUGGCAAAAGUAGUGACAGAUAAACAAGCUUAAAGAACCAAAAUAUGAAACAAAAACAGAAUUCAAAGGAAUAAAUUCUAGCUUAUGAAACCUUUCCUGCUUCUGUAGCUAUUUCUGAUGGUAAUUUUUCAGAGCCAACUUUUACAUGCCCAAUAUGAGCAUGUGGCAAUACUUUAUUCCUAUCAGAAGCACUAAUAAUCAACAUAAAUUAUGGGAGUAUAGGUUUUACAGAAAAAAAAUACAUAUAUGAACAUUCAAAGCUCAGCUGUCUAUGUACAGUAGACUGCUGGUUUUGUUUAGUCAGCUUGAUAAAAGUACAUAGCACCCCCCCUCCCCCCGCACCACCACCACCACCACCACCACACACACACCAGCAGCUACUUCUCAACAGAGGUCUCACUUCUUACAUAGGGACUUUUGAUCCAGGUGAGCUGUGUGUAAGUGCAGCAAUCCAGUGGUUACAGACAACAGUGCCUCCUAUUUCCUGAACAGAAAGCUUGCUCUGUGGGGAACUGCCCCUUCUCUAAAUGGUUUGGGAGAAAUGAAUGAAACCAAGUCGCUCAUUGGAAACUUCCUAUAAAGGAAGUUUUGAUCUCCCGCUGCUUAAAUCCAUAGUGCCACCCUCAUUUCUGACCUACUGAAUGCUUGGUUAACACCUCCUUUGAGCUAUCCAAUGUCCUUUUUUUUUUUCUUGAAAGAACCAGUCUCCAUUGUUUGUAACAAGAAUCCUGAUACUGUAUACAUACCUUAUAUUUAUUAAUGGUUAUUUGC